CACUGGGUGGAAAAGUACAGGGACAUCCAAAUGUGAAAGGGAGAUGUUAUUGGUGGUAUGGGGAUGGUUUGGGGAGUGUCAGAGGAGGUUUUAGAAAGAUCUGACUGUGGUAGCCAGGAAAGAGCAUAAACAUUGUCAUUUUGAGUGACAGGGUAAAGAAACAAGGAUUUGUUACUAUUGUGCUGGUUGAGGGAUAGGCUGUGAGAGGUUAGAUAGAAGGAAAGAUUUCAAAAAAGGUAGGAGGAAGGUAAUAACAGUUUUAGAGGAGCAAAUUAAUUUCCACAGGCAGUAGAAUUGAUAAGGAGAUACCAAUUCAAAGUUAUCUUCGGAAAGAGAAAGGUACAAAGAGUUGUUUCACAUUUGGCCGCGUAUACAGUUUGCUGACUAUAGUCACGUCACUGGAUAAUGCUGUGGAUCUGAUAACAAGAUCAAUGAUUAGAUGGGAAAGGUGACUCUGUCUCCUCCUGACUCAUCUCUUUACAAUUGCUCAUUACUUUCCUCCACAUGGCACUACAGAAUCUAUUGUCUGUGAAGCUAUGGAGCAAAGGGCUUUCCAUGACAUUCACCAGAAUGCUUACCACACAACUCACCUUUAGCCGUACUUACAAUCAUAUAUUGCUAUUGUGCUCAGUGAUGCGCAAUAGCAUCCCAAACAAAGCGUGUUGUAUUGAACACACCAAGCAAUGUGGGGAGAAAGAUUUGCAAAUAGAAGGGCGAGGGAUCAUGAGCUGGAAGAGUUUAUAGGAUUAAAAUGGCCGAUGACACUGCCUGUGUAGAUUAAUUGGAGGUACAGGGUCCUGUGUUGUCAAGCAGAGCCGGGCUUAUAGGUUCCUGCAGGGAAUGAGGAUGGGGUGAAGACAUGGAGGGAUUGGUGAAAUGAACCAACGGUUUUAAAAUCAGUUCUUUGCAGAUUGAGAGCCAGUCAAGAUUGACAAUAAUAAUGGUCAAGAGAGACUGUCAAAGUCAGAUAACAAACAAAAAGGUGCUUGAAAAAGAAUUUCAGUUAAUCUGUUUACCUUGAAGUAUUUAAUGUUUAAGAUUUCCCUUUUCUGAUGACUAUAUUAAUUCUUUGCAUUAUUUUAGCAGUGACCAAACUCAACGUGCUGAUGUAAGAUGGCAGAACACCCUGUUCAGGUUUUUGUGUAUGGUUUGCUCGUGAGCUGUGGGAUUCUGGGGAACGCCCUGGUUAUCUGGAUUGCCGCCGACUCCACCCGAGAGAACCGCUACCUCGCCUCGUCCGACCUCAUUCUGAUGAAUAUCGCUGGGGCAAACCUGCUGCUGUCCCUCACGAGGAACACCUUGCUUCUGACCUUUGACGCCGGCUACACCGUCUUGUUCUCCGACGUAGGGUGCAGAAUGAUGAUGUUCAUCUGGACCUGGCUGAGAUCGGCAAGCAUCUGGGUCACCCUCAGUCUGAGCCUGUUCCACUUCAUCACAAUCAGAACAAGCCGAACUGCGUUGGAGAGGCUAAAUGAGAGAAGGAAGGUUGCCAAAGCUAUGGUGAUUGAGUGGGCUUUGAGCUUUGUGUAUUCAAGCUUUGCACUGUGCUACUCAUCCAAUACAAACACUAACAGUACCGAUAAUUUAAUGUUAAUUAGUAGCACCAUCAGACCUUUGCUCGGCUGUGUGUGGACAUUUCCAAAUGACAUUAGUGGUCUGAUAUAUACAAUGGUCUCUGUUGUAAUUCAUGAAGCAAUCCCAAUAACUCUAAUGAUUUUUGCAAACUCUGCCACCUUGUUAUUUCUGUAUAAUCACUAUAGAAAAACCCAGGACACGAUGUUCAAUAAACAGAUCAGCACCGAAUGGAAAGCAGCCAAGACCAUCCUGUACCUGAUUCUGCUGUUUAUUUUUUGCUGGGGCACACAUGUGUUUUCAGUGAAUUAUUAUAAUUUUAAGGGCAGCCCCUCGACGCGCUACAUGCUCAUUAUCGCUCGGUUUUCUGCCUCGGGGUUUCUGGGAUUCUACCCACUGGUGGUGGCAACAGGCCAUGGCAAAUUAAGAAGGAAAAUGGCAAACAUCUUGAGAUGUGGGUGGCUGAAAUCCCCCAGCCAAAGUAGCUGACCACUCUUCCAACGAAAAAUGUGUGGAUUUCUUGUCCAAUCUUACAGAGGUUAGCCUGGAAGUGAUCAGUACUGUGGAAUAUCUUUACUGAAAGAUUAUACUUUAUUCAUAUUUGAUGUAAUAUUGACUCAAGCCACAAGAAUUUGUAUAAAUUAUGUGUUGGUCCACCAUCUCCUUGCUUUAAUUGGAUAAUCCUCGAAGUAAAUAGGAGGAGUCCAUUCGAUCCCUCAGUUAUAUGCUGACACCAGUGAUCCACAUCAAAGCUCCAGGUAUUCCCUUUUUCCAGAAUAAAUAUACCCUCAACUAACAAAAACCUAUUGACCCCAGUCUCCAUAUUGCUAACUGAUCAAAACUCAACACCACUAAAUGUGAAUUCCAUCCCAUUUCCAAGAAAGGGCUAAUGUAUUGAACUAACUAACUACGAUGCAUGGUUAUUCAAAUUUCACUGUUUGUCAAAGCUCCUAAAUAUUUUCACUGUCUAGAGAAUUCUCUUGUUUUUCUUUCUUGGAACUAAACCAAGUACCUUCACAGUUUCACCACUUUGAACCAGUACAAUUAACUCGUUGAUUUAAGAAAUCCAUGAGUUUUGUAAAUUCAUGUUCCUAACUGCACUUCAAUGCUGUCUAAGCAAACACUGCUCUUAGACUCUACAGCCCUUCGCUGUGCUUAAAUACGGAAGAAAGCUGAAACUCCAGCUCAGACUUGGUCACUGUGGGAACAACAACUUUGGUUUGAGAAUAAAUAACCUGCUCAUCUUCCUUUACAUUAAUGGCAAUGGAGAAUAAGGCAGCCCACUCUUUACUGUUUUUGUGCCACGCUGAAGUGGACUGCCCAUAGAGUCAUGAAUUGUAUCAGACAACUCAAGAACUACCAAAUCAUUGAAAACUUUAAUUUGGAAACAUCCAUUCACCAAUGGGGAUGAACUAUCUUGUCUCAUUCCAAUCUUCUGCUCACUGCCCCAGAUUCCACUUUCUCAAGUAUCUAUUUAAUUGUGUUUUUAAAACUUCUUCUUAACUUGAUGGAGAGGUUUCCUCUACCUUAACCAUUGACUGUAUUUUAACAUUUAAGAUGCUUGCACUGUUAAGUUAGGUCCCUCCUAUGACAUCACUAUACAAACAUUAUUAUUUUUGCAGGCACCUUUCAACCUUUGAAUAACUUACCGAUAGGCAUUGCUAGAUUAAAUGUGUUGUUUGUACAAACUGCUCUCCUAUGAUUUUCAGUAGGAAGUUCAUAUCGGGCAACUGUAUGAGUUCAUGUUGAGCUUCAUCUGAGGUACCCACAACAACUCUCAUAGACAAAAUACAUUGGCUUGGACGAGGUCCAAGUGAGUAGGUAUUGCUUGUGAAACGUAGGAGUUAAUGCCUCUAAAUGAAGCAAAUGGAAGAGGAGGUUGAACAAAGAGGAAUAGCAGCCUGUGGACCCACUUUUGGGGACCCUGUAGCUCACAUUCUCAGCAUUUUGUUUUACUUUUUAAAACUAUUUGCAUGAUUUGUCCUCUUUUGCAUAUUGGAUGUUUGUCGGUCCUCGUUAGGCAUGACUUUUCAUGGAUCCUAUUGUAUUUCAUUUCUUUCCUGUGG